ACAGUAUCAAAUGUAAUAUCCGCGAGCUCUGGGGUCGACUGUCUCACUGGGGGAGCUAUAGGAAGUUCAUUCUGGGAAAACUCCCCCUCCAAAAAAGGAUUUGGACUAUCCGCCAUUUUGGAUAAAUCACGUGAUAUUUAAAGUCUCGUUUAACCUACUUAGACUUUUCUCUGUAGCUAUAUGAAUUUAAUUUCUCAUAUUUUCCUGAGUGUUCCUCCUAUUGUAUUUCCUUCAUUUGGCGUCAGUGCUUUUCUCAUAAAGCAAAUGGUUUUCUGUAAAAUCGACAAAUUAUCGUGCCCUUUAAAUCACGUGACCGGAAAAAGCGGGAAAUCUCAAAAUGGCUCAAGGAAAAGUGACCGAUUUCUUUUCUAAUAAAAAACAAUCGAAUUUACAAGCAUCAAAACGUAGAAAGCUUCAACAAACAAGUGAAAUAGAUUUAGCAUCAGCUGUGUUCGCUCCUGGGCCGAAAGAAAGUAAAUCAAGCGUAGAAAAAGAGGUGAAAGUAAUAUCUAAAGUUGAAGGUAAAAUUUUGAACUUGCCCACAAACAAAGCCAAACCAAAAGCGUCUACUAGAGCCAGUUCUAGAGUAAAGAAAACCAUCAAGAAAUCUGAACAAUUAACAACGAUAAAAGAUGCAUUUAAGAAAGUGGCUGAAAAAUCUGAACAGCCAGCAGUUGAAGAAACAACUGCGAUUGAGGAUGAUCAUAAUGGAAGCAUUCCAUCAACACCAACAAAGCGACAAGCUUCGAAAACUGACACUGAGCCAACUGCUCGAAAAAGAAAUCGAACAGGCAAAACCCAGCGAAAGGAUAUGUUGAAAGAACUCAUGGCAACACCAGAAAGAGGCUUUGAUUUCGACAAAUUUGUUCAAAAAGAUGAUUCCAAAACAAAAGGAUCAGCUGUUCGCAAACGUCUAGUUUUGAAAAAAUCACAGCAGGGGUCUGCUAAACUCCCUAUACUAAACCUAACACAGCCAGUUGAGACCAAUAAAGCACCUUCUACCAGUAAAGCUGAAGAUGAAACUUCUGAGGUACAAGAAGAAUCAUCAAAAGACCUUGUCAUCAAGAGAACGAAGGAUGAAUGGCUCGGUGAAUCUAAGUCAAAAGAUGACACAAAACAAAAAAAGAAACCCACGCUUGCAGAACUGAAGGCACGAAUGGGAAAAUCUACUAAGCUAGCAGACCUACAGGACAGACUUGCUAAGGUCAGUGAGGCUGCAGCCAAAGUCAAGAAGAGCAGGGAAGAGAGAGAAAAAAUAGAGAUCAAAAAGGAGGAAAAAAGUGAGCCUACGCCAGCUUAUGAGAAGUACCAUUCCCUAGCUCAACCCAUACCUCCCACUCUGAACCUGCCCUACAAAUACAAGAUGCUGGCAGAGAUGUUCCGCUCCAUGGACACAGUGGUCAGUAUGUUACACAACAGGUCAGAAGUGACAACAUUCAACAAACUCAAGAACUCUGUACAGGAAAUGGUCAGAAAGACAUUUGAGAAGAAACACGUAGGUCAAGUAAAGACUGUCUACCCCGAGGCUUAUGUCUACAGGCAAGAGAGAGGCCUGCAGUAUGCAGGGAAGAAAACAUCAGAAUACCAGUUGACCAUUGAGCCUAAACUGGAAAGAUCCAAAGAUGAUAACAUGGAAGAAAAGAAGCGGUUAGGACGACCUAAUAUGACAGCAUCCAGGAUGUUGGAGAGACGUAAUAUCUUCCAGCAUAGUCUCAUAGACAUAGUCAAGCAGCAUCAUCAGAAAUUCUUGACUCAGCUUCAACGACCAAUCAAAGUUCCAGAUGAUAAAAUAACAAGAUGGCAUCCAAAAUUUGCCGUGGAUGAGGUUCCCGAUAUAGAGGUCUCUGAUCUCCCAGAGCCGCCUGAGGUGCAGAGGUUUACCAAUGCUAAAGAUGUAUUGGACAAUCAGUGUAACACUUUAAAUCCAUUGGUUAGAAAGGCAUUAGAGGCUGUAGUUGUUAAGAAGGAAAAGGAGGAAUCAAAUAAAUCCCAGAGUGCACCUGUUAAGACUCCAGUGGUGUCAUCUUGUGGUAAAAGUGCUCUUGCAGGGUUACCAAGCUCUUUACUAGAGAAGAUUCGUGCCAAGGAGGCUGAGAAGGCUGUGGCAAAAAUGAUGCGACCCCCAGAGUGUGAUGUCAAAUUGGAACGACUCAAUAGACUCCCAGAACUAGCAAGAAUUUUACGCACCUAUUUCGUCCAAGAGAAACGACCCGCAGUCUUAUAUGAUGAUGUCAUCCAAAAAAUGGCUGAUAGCUACAGGACCGGCAUUUGUUUAGGUGAUGUAGAGCCCCAUAUAAAGCUUCUAAUAGAGACAGUCCCUGACUGGGUAACAGUCAUAAACAUUAAGAAAGGAAAAUAUCUGAAGCUUGAUAGGAACAAGGACAUUAACAUUGUACAUGACAUUCUUAAUAAAGCUAUCAAGGAAGCACAAUGA